GGAGGGUGCAGAGCGGCCGCCGCCUGGACGCGCGGGCGCUGGGCGGCGGGAGGCGCGGCCGGCCUGGGCUCCGAGCCGGGCGACGUGGGGUCCGGGACUGGGCCCUCCUGCGUGGCUGUUUUUGCGACCCAAGCCCGUGCUCUAUUUUUAAAAACCCGUUUCGCCCGUGUGCCCGUGCACACGCCAGCUUUGGGAGCGUUUACGAGUGACCGUAUCCUCCACUUGGAGUCGUCCGGGGCCAGACUCCUGACGGAGGCAGAGUUUCGUCCUUUUCCGGAAAAAAACAAAACAACCCCUCCCCCUCAGAACCGCUAAGGCUUAUUAUGGGCUGGCGUUACCGAACCCAGUAUCCCAGGGUUCGGACGGGGCUCACGGUGCCGCCUGCAGGUUGGAGGUGGCAGCGUGGCUGGGCCUGAGCCCGCCGGGUGCACCGGCCGUGAUGGCCGCAUCUGCUCGCGGGGUCCGCGGGGUCCGGUGUUGGCGCCCCCGCCCCGCCUGCUGCCUUUGCGGUGCCUGCUCCGCGCCCCCGCCCACUGCGGGGAAGACCCUGGCCUCGCGUCCUGAACGCCGGGCUUUCUGUCUGGAUCAUUUCUUGUGUCCCUCACCCAUGUCCUGCCUCCUCCCACUGCAUGUAUGCUUAAAAAAAAAAGAUUUAUUUAUUCGUUUGAAAGGCAGAGUUACAGAGAGGCAGAGGCAGAGUGAGACAGAGAGGUCUUCCAUCCACUGGUUCACUCCCCAAAUGGCCGCCAAGGGCCUGGGCCGAGCUGACCUGAAACCAGGAGCCAGGAGCUUUUUCCAAGUCUCCCACAUGGGUGCAGGGGCCCAAAGACCUGGGCCAUCUUCUACUGCUUUCCCAGGCCCUAGCAGAGAGCUGGAUCGGGAGUGCAACAGCCGGGACUCGAACCAGCGCCCACAUGGGAUGCCGGCACUGUGGGUGGCGGCUUUAACCUGCUACGCCACAGCCCAGCCUGUGUGCUUUUAAAGUUUAUUCAUUCUCUCUCUCUCUAACUUUGCUUUUCUGACUUUCCUUCUCUCUGUGUAACUUUGCUUUUCAAAUAAAAUAAAUGUUUUUAAAAGUUUAUUUUUAAUUAUUUGAAAGGCACACAGAGAAAGGUCCGUGUUCCAGCCACUGGUUUGUUGUACCUGAAACGUCCAGUUCUGACCGUUAAGUCUGCCAGGAGCUGAGCUAAUGCCUGGAGCAGCCAGAGCCUGGCCAGGUCAAAGUCUGGAGCCAGGUCCCCUACUUGAGGGGCAGGAACCCAAGUCCUUGAGCCAUCCUCCGGGGAAGCUGGGUUGGAAACAGAGGCUUGACUUGAACCUGGCACUGUGUGCUGCGGGAUGUGGGAGUCCCAGGUGGCAGCUUGACCCGCCGUGCCAUGAGGCCUGCACCUGCGUGUGUGUGGAGAGACGUUUGCCAGCGCAAACACUGUUGAUCGGCCAGGGCAAAGGCCGUUUCAGAACCUGGCUGUGCACUUCGGCCUCCUGCCACCUCUGCCUUGUAUGCUCUCUGCUGACUUACGUCCCAGGGCCAAGCUCACGUGGCCUUCCUAGGAGCCAGCACACCCGCCUGCAGGCCUCUCCCGGCCUUACAGCUGCACCGAGCCCCACGGCGAUGCGAGCCAGCGAGAAGGACUUGGAAAAGGCAGUGAGCCAGCUGCAGCUCCUGAAGGAGGACCCGGGGAACGCAGUGAAGCUGCGACUCUACGCCCUGUACAAGCAGGCUACUGAGGGACCUUGUACUAUGCCCAAACCAAGUGUGUCGGACUUUAUCAGUAAAGCUAAAUGGGAUGCAUGGAAUGCCCUUGGCAGCCUGCCCAAGGAAACUGCCAGGCAAGACUAUGUGGAUUUGGUGUCCAGUCUGAGUUCCUCAUCAGAAUCCUCAAGCCCCGUGCAGCCUGGAGCCAGCAGCAGAUCACCUGGAUAUGAAACCCUGGUGGUGACCUCCGAGGGUGACAUCACGAAGAUCAUGUUCAACCGGCCCACCAAAAAAAAUGCUGUCAACACUCAGAUGUAUCACGAACUUAUGCUGGCACUUAAAACUGCAAGCGAGGAUGACUCCGUCCUGACUGUUGUGACAGGUGACGGUGACUACUACAGUAGCGGGAAUGAUCUGACGAACUUCACUGAUGUUCACUCUGGUGGACUUGAGGAGAAAGCGAAAAGCAGUGUCACUUUACUGAGGAAUUUUGUGAACUGCUUCAUCGAUUUUCCCAAGCCUCUGGUCGCGGCGGUCAACGGUCCCGCAGUGGGAAUCGCCGUCACCCUCCUGGGGCUGUUUGAUGUUGUGUAUGCCUCGGACAAGAGACAGAACACUCCCGUCCACUGGUUCACUUCCCAGAUGCCCCCAGUGACUGGGACUGGGCCAGGCCAAAGCUGCAGGCACUCGGAACUCAAUCCAGGUCUCCCACGUGGGUGACAGGAAUCCAACUACUUGAGCCGUCACUGCUGCCUCUCCUGGUCUACACUGGCAGGAAGCGGAGCAGGGCAUGGAACCCAGGCACUACGGCUGGGACCCAGGCAUCUGAACCGCUAAGCUAAGUGCCCACCCUCAGAAGUGUUGCUGAAGUAUAUCUGCAAAACGCUACAUAAGCAAACUAAGCUAAAAAUGAGCAAUGAAGAGGAAUGAAUGGCUCACAGAUAAUGGACUAUAAUAGCUCUUAAAAUCACAUGAGAAAGACAUAUAGUAAGAACAUGGAAAAUAAGCCACAAAGCGGGAGAAAGCAUCUACAUGAUGUCUACCUGAUAGAAGUUACAACUUGAAUAUAUAAAGAACUCCUAUAAUGUAAUAACAAGAACAUUAAACAGACUAACUUUAUAAAAAUGGGCAAAAUAUUUUAACGGUUUCAUCCCCAAGAAGACACACAUGGCUGAUAAGUACAUGAAAAAUGCCCAGCGCCGUUGAUCGUUAGGGACAGAUGGAUUAAAACCCCAGUGGGAUGGAACUGCGCACUUUGGACCAUGGUGAAGUAGGGAGACUUCAUAACACUUUUUUUUUUUUUUU